AUUGGGGUUUUUAUCAAACAGUCGCGCGCGGCAUGAUGACUAACAGAGUCGUUCUGUUGGCGAUUUUGUUCCUGGUUUUAUUGACGAAUUCUGAAUGUAGACGCGGUUCGUCUCGGUCUUCUGGGGGCCGCUCUCAUUCGCACUCUAGUUAUGGGCAUCCCAGUGGAGGUCACUCUUACGGAGGGGGCCAUAGCAGUAGCUACGGAGGUUAUGGUGGCAGCAGUUGGAGCAGCUCUGGAUACGGCCAUACAAGCUCUGGUUCAGGAUCGAGUUCUUGGUCAUCAUUUGGAAGCAAGCCGUCUGGAUCGAGCUCAGGGUACAGUUACCCUGGAUCUUCAGGGUUAUCUGGGUACAACAGCAAACCGAGUGGUUCUUCAGGAUAUAGCUACCCUGGAUCUUCAGGACUGUCCGGGUCUAACAGCAAACCAAGCAGCUCUUCAGGCAACAACCACCCUGGAUCUUCAAGACUAUCCGGGUCUAACAGCAAACCAAGCAGCUCAUCAAGUAACAGCUACCCUGGAUCUUCAGGACUGUCUGGGUCUAACAGUAAACCAAGCAGCUCUUUAGGCAACAUCUACCCUGGAUCUACAGGAUUGUCCGGGUCUAAUAGCAAACCAAGCCGUUUAUCUGGUUACAACCACCCUGGAUCUUCAGGACUAUCCGGGUCUAACAGCAAACCAAGCAGCUCAUCAGGUAACAGCUACCCUGGAUCUUCAGGACUGUCUGGGUCUAACAGUAAACCAAGCAGCUCUUCAGGCAACAGCUACCCUGGAUCUACAGGAUUGUCCGGGUCUUAUAGCAAACCAAGCAGUUUAUCUGGCUACAACCACCCUGGAUCUUCAGGACUGUCUGGAUCUAACAGCAAACCAAGCAGUUCUUCAGACAACAGCUAUCCUGGAUCCUCAAAACUGUCCGGUUCUAACAGCAAACCAAGCAGUUCUUCAGGCAACAGCUACCCUGGAUCUUCAAAACUGUCCGGGUCUAAUAGCAAACUAAGCAGCUCUUCAGGCAACAGCUACCCUGGAUCUUCAGGACUGUCCGGGUUUAACAGCAAACCAAGCAGCUCUUUAGGCAACAGCCACCCUGGUUCUUCAGGACUGUUCGGGUCUAACAGCAAACCAAGCAGCUCUUCAGACAACAGUUACCCUGGAUCUUCAGGACUCUCCGGGCUUAACAGCAAACCAAGCAGCUCAUCAGGUAACAGCUACCCUGGAUCUUCAGGACUCUCCGGGCUUAACAGCAAACCAAGCAGCUCUUCAGGCAAUAGCUACCCUAGAUCUUCAGGUCUCUCCGGGCUUAACAGCAAACCAAGCAGCUCUUCAGGCAACAGCUACCCUGGAUCUACAGGAUUGUCCGGAUCUAACAGCAAGCCAAGCAGCUCUUCAGGCAACAGCCACCCUGGUUCUUCAGGACUGUUCGGGUCUAACAGCAAACCAAGCAGCUCUUCAGACAACAGUUACCCUAGAUCUUCAGGACUCUCCGGGCUUAACAGCAAACCAAGCAGCUCAUCAGGUAACAGCUACCCUGGAUCUUCAGGACUCUCCGGGCUUAACAGUAAACCAAGCAGCUCUUCAGGCAACAGCUACCCUGGAUCUACAGGAUUGUCCGGCUCAAAUAGUAAGCCAAGUAGUUCAGGUAGCUCUGUAAAUGGGUACCCAAGCCCGCCAGGUCUUUCUGGUGGCUCGAAACCAAUACCCAGCCAGCCAACUUACCCUCAAUUGCCAAUUUACAAACCACCUGUAUCUAUAACCCCGUUGGGAACUGGAUCAAAACCUUCAGCUCCGACUUACAAUCCUGCGUCACUUCCAAAACCUAUACCGACAUAUAAUUCAAAGAGUCCAUCUAAUCCAAGUUAUCCAUCAACAAACUCAGGUUUAUCAGGAAAUAAUAAACCAAGCUCUAAUCUUUAUCCACCAUCGACAGGAAUGUCUGGAUCUAACUCCAAACCUUUAAACACAGCGGUGUCUUCUGGCCAUGGAUAUCCUCAGUCGCCUGGCUUAUCUGGAGCUGGUCAUAAACCAACUAAUAUUAACAAUAAUAAUUACGUACCUCCAUCUCAUUUAGGACAAAAUUCACACAGCUAUCCCACUUCAAAUUCUGGUAUUUCUGGAUCUUCUGCACCUAAAUAUCAACCUCCAAUUUAUCCACAAAAUACAUACAAUUCACACAAUGGAAAUUACGGAUCAACCCAUCAUCAUCACCAUUAUAAUAAUAAUUCGCCGAGCAGCGGAUAUUAUAAUCCAUAUUACGUUCCAAACUAUUAUUCUUCUCCACAAUAUGUUUACAUACAGGAUUAUAGAAAUUCUAACAGUAGAUAUAAUGAUAUUUUGACCGGUUUGGCUUUGUACAAUUUGGGCAGAAGCCAAAGCCACCACCAUACCCAAUACUAUUACGAUGACUAUUAUAGGAGAAGGUAUGAAACUGUCCCUGGGUAUACCAACACCAGACCAGAAGAUGCGGCCCAAUGCAUUCUCAAAAUUAAAGAAAAUAAUCAAGAACAAAUUUUAAGGGUACCUUGCGAAAUUGUAUCCACAUUCAGUGAUGGUGCUCAAAAGAAAGAUGUUUCUUAUGUUAACCAAACAACAUGUGUUACUAACGUUACUGUUACAAAUACGACUAAUGUUGCAAAUAAUGUUAUUAACGUAACACAAACUACAAUAUACCCUAAUAAUGCAACUACAAAUAAUAUCAAUGUAAAACUUGCGAAUAGAGACAAUGCAACAUUAUUAACUAAAUCUAAUAAUGUAUCUAAUUCAACUGAUAAAAUACAUGAGCAAAUUUUGUCCGGAAUCCCAACUCUACUCAAUGAAACUGUUAUUUCACCUUUCACAAACAAUACAACUGUUAACAGCACAAUUGCAAUUGAUGCUUCAGGACAUGUUAUUCCUAUUAAUUUUACACAUUUGAAUUCAGCACAUAGUAACAAUUCUGUGAUCAUGUCAGGAAAUAACACUAUACCAUACAAUACAACCACUAACAACGUUAUAAAUAUUACUGUAAAUAAUAAAGCUCCUAAUAAUGUAUCCGUUAAUUCAAAUGUGUCAACGAUCAGUACCACUACCUGUAUUAAUAAUUAUGCAGUGAAUGCUGUUGAUCCACUCACAGUGAAGGGACCCAAACUAAAUCCAACUGACAUGGAUUGUACUGUAGAAAUCAGGACUAAAGAUUCAAUUUUACAUCAGAAAGUUGAUUGCAAUGAGUUGAUGAACUAUUCGAAGGUACCUGAACCUAAGAAGAGGGAGAGUAUUCUAUUGCCAUCAAGGGAGAAGUUGAAAUCGUGGGUUGAAAAACCGCCAUGGUGGAUGUCUAUUUUUAUAGCUGCGUAAAACAGGACUAUACUUAGGUAUCUACCUAAAAAACUUUUUUCUUACGUUUUCUUACGAGACCUAACAUGAAAACAAUCAUCAUAGUAGGUACUUAUUGAUCAAUUAUGUUGAAAAUAAAUCAAAUAAGUACCUAUUAAUCCAAACCAAAAAGAAAAAUUAGGUUAAAAAGUUAAUUUGUGAAAAGUCUAUUGCUGUAAAAUCAUAAAAAGAUUACAUUAUGCAAGGUAAAAAUAGAGUUUAGGUAGGUAUUUAUAGUGUUUGUGUUGUCUUAUUUUUAUUUCUUUUUUGUUGAUCUAUAUGUGUAAUGUAUAAUUAUGUGUAUAAGUAUGGUAUAAAUAAAAUACUUUUUUAAAUGUUUUUAUUGAAAGAAAA